AUGCACAUCUUUGGCCGCGCGAAACAGACGGUCAUCAGGGCGUACGGACGAUUCAGACGAAAGCUCUUUACUAGGACAGUCGUGCACCUGACGUUAUUCGUGGUGGCAUUUACAUCUGGUCUCGUAGCACGAGAGUGGUCUUCCAGACUCACACGCGGCUCCUCGCGCGAUUCUUUCUGCAGCACUCAAGAAUUCGGCAAUCAGGUCCUGUCGACUAAGCGGUCACUUUCCAUCGAAGAAGGCACGCAGUACCGCCUUCCUGACAUAGUCGACACAUUCGCCAACUACAAGUAUCGCAAUCACUCCGAAUGUCAGAUCUCAUCUCAAGACCUACAUGUACCAUUCAGCCCGCUCUGCUCGAGCCGUGAUGAAUUUCUCACAGCAGUCUCUGGAGGCGGGCGGGCGGGCUUUGACGCUCCUUACAUGCCUCGAGGCUGCGACAUGCGGUGGUACACGACAGAGGAAGUCUGUGAAAUCAUCAGCAGAUUUGAGAAGGUGAUUGUCGUGGGUGACAGCAUGAUGAGGCAUGUCGUUGGUGCUAUCAAUGUGCUAUUGCGGAAGGAUCUGGGGUAUGGCGCCGUCACGAACUGGAAUUUCAAUGAAGACGAGAUGAACAAAUGCUUCUGCAACCAUCAGAUGGACGUCAAAGCCUGCAGUGUACAGGGCAUCUACUCUACUUCCUCCGUCCUCGAGCACGAUCCGCACUCGCUUGCUUGCGAGCAGCCAGUCGACCUAGUCAUUGAGCUCAUGCUUCGCUUUCCACUCGAUCCCAUCGAAGUCGAGCGAUUUCGGGCUUUAAUCUCCACAACGAAGCCGGCGAAGCCAUAUGCAUUCAUUUUUGGGCACGGUCUAUGGAACGAUCUCGACCUCCAGGCCACCUUGAACUGGCUUGAUGGCAUUGGUCAUAGCAUUCUCGACCGGGCUCCUUACCUCUCAGAGUCCCUAUGGUCUAGGCUGAUGGUCACUCCAAACGCUGCAGGCAUUCGCAAGCCAGACCAGUGGAUGCUCACGCAGGGUGACAAAGCCCUGCAGGUAUUCGAGCACAGUGUCCGGGAGGAGUCGGCAAAACGAAGGAUCGAACACUUUGGCACCUAUAACAUGAGCAUACAGAGCAGCAAGUUUGACAGCGUCCACCUCGACCUCAAAGGCAAUUUGAUCAAGGCGAUGGCCGUUGUCAACUGGCUUGCCAUGAUCGACACCCGGGACUGGUAG